AUGGCCACGGAGGGACGUACGAAGCGCUCGCAGUCGAUAUGCGCGCCCGCCUCCGCGAGCAUGGAGGCGUUGGCGGCGCCGAUGGAGACGACGCCGGCGCCGCGCCGUCGGCCCGCCACGCGCUCCCAGUCGGCGAGGAUCACUGGCGGCCGCUCCGUCAGGCACCGGCGGCAGCAGCAGCUGGACAAGGAGACCAGGGCCCGGUACAGCUCCGAGCCGCGGCUGGCCGAGGCGGAGACCCCGCCGCAAGUGAGGAGGCAGGCCUCAGCGCGCCGCCGCCCCCCACCAGGGCAGCAGCCGCGCCGCUCCAACGCCUUCCUCGACGUGCCCCGCACCACCCACCAGCCGGAAGAGGAGCCCGACGAGGACUCCUACAGGCUGCGCACGUUCAACACCACGCAUAAAGGAGGUCAGUGCCUCGUGCGUUCACCUUCCCGUUUAAAAUUAAACGCGAGACUCCGCUUUGUUUUCUCCGUCGUUUGGCAAUCGACGCGCCGUCGGCCGGCCUCUGCCGACCCGCUUUCGAAGGGGGAGCUUCGUGAAUCACGCUCGGGUGGCGAGCUCACGAGGGCUCCG